GGGGACACCUGUGGUUAAUCAUUGCCUCGCUGGAGUGUGAGCGUAUAAAACAGGAAGGAGCGCGUCUGCCGGUACCUUCACUGACAGACACCAUGUCGUUUGCUGGAAAGUACCAACUUGAUUGUCAGGAGAACUUCGAGCCUUUCAUGAAGGCUGUUGGAAUCCCUGAUGAUCUGAUCCAGAAGGGGAAAGACAUCAAGAGCAUCUCUGAGAUCGAGGAGUCUGGCGACAACUUCAAAGUGACGGUCACCACCGGGUCCAAGGUGCUGGUGAACGCCUUCACCGUUGGACAGGAGUCUGAGCUGGAGACGCUCACUGGAGAGAAGGUCAAGGCGGUGGUUCACCGUGAAGGCAACAAGCUAAGAGUGAACCUGAAGGGAAUCGAGUCAGUCACAGAACUGGUGGAUGGGAACACUAUUGUUAACACUCUGACGCUCGGUAACAUUGUAUAUAAAAGAACAAGUAAACGUAUGUGAAUGUGUUCACUGUGGAGAAUAAAAUGUGAAACCUA